UAGAAAUUUUUCAUUCAAAUAACAAAGAAAAAUACAGUAACUAUUAAAAGAAAAUAAAAAACAAAUGUAAAUCCGACAAAAUAGGGACAUGUAACAACGAUUGGACAAGUAACUGCCAAGAAACCGUAAAUGAAAGCUAACUUGUUCCUCUUCUACUUAACCCACCAUAACUCCCACUCUUCCAUUUUUUUUUCCUCUCUUUUAGUUUUCUGGUCUCGUCUCUCUAGUAGAGGGAUUCAUAAUAAUGUCGAACACUUCAAACUCCGAUCCCAAUUCCGAUAUCCCAUUUGCUUCCUCCAAUGUAACUCUUCCGAGUUACAAUCAAAACCCAAGAAGAAAACGUACUAAACUCACCAACAACGAAACCGGUUCUUCUUCGUCUUCUCCAAGGCCUAAACCGGUCACGCAACCGGAUCCUGAUGCUUCACAAAUCGCACCAUGUACUGAAUGUGGUAAACAAUUCGGGUCAUUGAAGGCACUCUUUGGACACAUGAGAUGUCACCCUGAACGUCAGUGGCGUGGCAUCAACCCUCCUGUUAAGUAUCAACGUGGGAUCAACGCAACCGCUGCGUCAUCAUCCUCGAGUUGGGAUCUAUCGGAGGAAGAGCAUAACAUAGCCUCUUUAUUACUAAUGUUGGCUAGUGGUGGUGUCUCGACCGGUUCAAGUGGAGUUGAGGGACGGUUUAAGUGUGGUGGUUGUAAGAAAGUGUUUGGGUCACAUCAAGCGUUAGAUGGACAUAGAGAAACACAUAAACAUGUCAAAGGAUGUUUCCCCAUUACAUACACAACCGAAGAUCCUCCUCCUCCUCCUCCUCCUCCUCCUCCUCCUCCUCAAGAGAUCGUUGAUAAAGAUAAGGGCAAGGGUGUGAAGUUGGUCUCAGGCAUGAAUCAUCGAUGUAACAUAUGUUUUAGAGUGUUCUCCAGUGGUCAAGCGUUAGGUGGUCACAUGAGAUGUCAUUGGGAGAAAGAUCAGGAAGAGAAGCAAGUCAAGGGCAUCGAUCUUAAUGUUCCUGCGACGACAUCUUCAGACACAACGUUAGAUUGUUCUUUAGAUCUUAGGUUAGGACUUUGAUAUAUAAUAACAUAAUUAAGCUUAUUGGGUAUUGGCUCUUUUUUUUUAAACAAAACUCUCUCUGUAUAUAUGUGUGAUGAUUUGUAUGAUGAACGUAUAGAUUGGGGUAUUUUAUUCUAUAUAUAACUUAAUUAGUUGAUGAAAUGCCACAAGUGUUAUUUAAUAAAUGU